GGUGUGGAGGAGGGGGCACCUUUGGAUGGAAUCUGGAAGGAUGAGCAGGUGACCAUCUGAGAAAACAGUGGGACCAGUUGGGAGGCACACAGGAGUUGUCACGCUGGAAGAUUAGGGGUGUGUGGGAGGAGAAGCAGCGGGCGUGGAGGGGCUGGGCUGCUGUAAGGUGGGUGACACCAUCAGGCCUGUGUUUGGGGCAUUUGACCCUGGUGUCCAUGCAAAGAAUGGACUGGAGGGAGGAGCAGAUGCUGGAGAUGGGCAGCCACUGGGAGGCGAGUCACACUGAGGCCUGAGCUGUGCAGGGGCACAGAGGAAGAGGCAGAGACCCCUCAGGAAAUGGAUGGGCGAGGUGUGUGGGUGAGAGUGAGAAGGACCAGGCUGCCUCCCAGGGUUCUGGCUGGGGCACAGGGCUAGAGGGUGUGCAACCAACUGAGUGUGGGAGGGAGGUGGGCCCUCUUUCCCAUCAAGACCCCAUCCCCAACAUCCUCCAGUAGCCGGAGUUUUGCCCCUUUUCCAGAAUGUGUCCACUUCCUGUCCCCGCCCACUUUUCUGAACACCCUGAGCCUUUUAGGUCUCACAGUGUGGUGUUGUCUGUCUGUCUGUCUGUCUGUCUUCCUGGCAGUUGUUUCUGGUAAGUCAGACUUGUCUCCGACUCGGUGACGAUCACCACACGGGCAAGAUGGCAUCCUCUCUUUGGUUCCAUCCACUGAGACUGCAGCACAUGCUGGGUGUUUGACUUGCUGACUCGAAAGUGUCCCUUGUUUUCUUUUCAGAUUGUGAGAGCAGUCAGUGUGUCCCCCAGAAAUCCAGGCGCUGGCGGGGAGCCUGGACCCACAAUGGAGAUUCCCCCAGCAGCCAAGCUUGCUGAGGCCUUUGUGUUUGAGGACGGGCUGGAUGUGCGGCAAGGCCUUUUUCCAGAGGAGGACCUGGGGGACACUUUUCUUCAGGAAAGGAGUUUAGGGCAGAUGGCUGUUGUCUACAAGGAGAUCCCUCUGGGGGAACAAGAUGAAACGCAGGACGAUUACUCGGGGAAUUUCAGUCUGUGCUCCAGCCCCGUCCAGCAUCCAAGCGCCCCCUCAGCGAACAGACCCCAGGACGAUGAGCUCUUCAGCCAGACCUUCCUCCAGAGAUCGGACCUUAGCCUGUGCCAGAUCGUUCACAGCGGAGGAGAAUCGGGUAAGCACGAGGGUGAGACGGUGGGCAGGGGGAUCUCGGGCUCCGGGGAGCCUCCCAGAACUGCCCAGCCAGCCAAACCCUACACGUGCCGGGAGUGCGGGAAGGCCUUCAGCCAGAGCUCGCACCUGCUCAGGCACCUGGUGAUCCACACCGGGGAGAAGCCCUAUGAGUGCGGGGAGUGCGGAAAGGCCUUCAGCCAGAGCUCGCACCUGCUCAGGCACCAGAUCAUCCACACCGGGGAGAAGCCCUACGAGUGCGGGGAGUGCGGGAAGGCCUUCCGCCAGAGCUCGGCCCUGGCCCAGCAUCAGAAGACGCACACGGGGAAGAGACCCUACGCGUGCAGGGAGUGCGGGAAGGAUUUCAGCCGGAGCUCCAGCCUCAGGAAGCACGAGCGGAUCCACACCGGAGAGAAGCCGUACCAGUGUAAGGAGUGCGGCAAGGCCUUCAACCAGAGCUCCGGCCUGAGCCAGCACCGGAAGAUCCACACCCUGAGGAAGCCGCACGCCUGUGAGCUCUGCGGCAAGGCCUUCUGCCACCGGUCCCACCUCAUCCGGCACCAGCGCGUGCACACAGGCAAGAAGCCGUAUGCAUGCGAGGAGUGCGGCAAGGCCUUCAGCCAGAGCUCCAACCUCAUCGAGCACCGCAAGACCCACACGGGCGAGAAGCCCUAUCGCUGCCACAAGUGCGGCAGGGCCUUCAGCCAGAGCUCUUCGCUGAUCGAGCACCAGCGCAUCCACACCGGGGAGAAGCCCUAUGAGUGCAGCCAGUGCGGCAAGGCCUUCUGCCACAGCUCAGCGCUCAUCCAGCACCAGCGCAUCCACACAGGCAAGAAGCCCUACGCCUGCAACGAGUGCGGCAAGGCCUUCCGGCACCGCUCGGCGCUCAUCGAGCACUACAAAACCCACACGCGGGAGAAGCCCUACGAGUGCGGCCAGUGCGGCAAGGCCUUCCGGGGCAGCUCGCACCUCAUCCGGCAUCAGAAGGUCCACGCCGGGGAGAAGCUGUAGAGGGCGGGCCCGCGCCUCCCCCAGAUGGAACUGGCACCCUGUCCUCCAUCCCAGGGGCCUGCCCGCCUCCCUGGUACCCAGGCUGCCUAGAAACCCCGAGGCCCAGCAGGUGGACUGGGUGAAGGCAGGGGAGCCUAGGAAGGGCACCAGGACAGAGCUGCUCUCAGUCAGCUUGUGCUCACGGGUGACUCCCAAGCCAAAUAGGGUUUAGUUUUGCCCUCUCUGCUUCUUCCAGAAUCUUGAAGAAGAAUAAACAUGAGAGAGAAAGUGGAGUUAAACCCACGGAAACAGGAGAUGAACUCUACCAUCAGUCCCUUUUAGAAGUAAGCGAGCUCACAGUCCAAAUCCACUAAAGACAGAGAAAUCCAAAGUAGAGGCGCAGCAGCUGUCCUCGGGCAUUGGUGGGGUCAGCCAAACCGGGUUACGAAUAGUCUGGAAGGAUUCUGGAUGGGGGAUGAGCUUAGGCCACAGCGGGUCUCAGUCCGCCACGGGGGUUGGAGCAAGGGCACUUCUGGCUGCUGGCUGGUCUGGUCCACAGAGGGCAGAGGCUUGGUCCUGGGGGCCAGAGGAUGGUUGCCGCCAGGAGUGACCCCCUCCACCGACUACAGCGUGCCUCGGAUGUCCGCGGGGCAGCUUCUGGUCUGGCAGCUCUCAGCCUCCUCCCCGCCAUCCAGGGCCAGGGGACCAACGGUGGUUCAGACAGAAGUUCUGGGUUCAAGUGCCACUUCUGGCCUCUCCUGCCUCUGUCAUCUGGAGGAAGCCCCAAGGCUCUGUCUCCCCUUCUGUGAGGCAGGGACACUGGGACCCUGCCACAUCCCGCCAGGGGUUGGCGCCAGGCUCCCGUUCAGAAUAGGACCGCACUCAGAGGACCUUUGUCAACUGGCUACUGAGACUGGAAACCGGAGCGAUCCCCUCCUGGAGAGGAGACACACCCCUGUUUGGUUCCCAGCAGGUCAGGCUUGCAGCCAGCCCUCUCCUAACACCAGGCUCUUCCACGGUCCCUCAAGCCUGUACCCUGGGCUGGGGGUGCCCUGGGCUGCAGCGGCAGUGUGUCCCAUCCUGUACUCCUCUCUGUCCUCCCCACCGGGCUUCCCGCCCAGGCCAGUUCAGUCGGGCAUCCCCAGAGCUGGGGCCCACAUGGUGGUGUUUUAGAAGCUCCCCAGGUGACGGGAAGGUCUCACCGUGUGGCAGGCUGAGAGCACUGUACUUGCUCCCACACAGCCCCAGUGUCUCCCACCUGGCAGGCCUGCUCGCCUGGCUGUGCAGAGCUUGAAGGUGUAGGUGUCUGCAUCCCCAGCCCCCCGACCCAGGAGUGGGGGCCUGGGCCAUGACACGUCUGGCUGGUUGGUAAGCGUUUGUCCCGGGCCUUUGUGUGUCCAUGAUGGUCUUUAGUACUGGCUGCCCCAGGCUCCUCAGAGCUAGUGUUGGGGGAGGCAGUCUAAUCUUGAAGAUUUCUGAAAGUUUAUGGCUAAAAUCCCACGAACCUGUCAUGGUAAUGCCGGUGAUUUCAGCCAAUCCGAAGCUCAGCUUGGCAGCUAAGUAUAGUUUUGAUGAAUAAAAAUGGACAAGCCAUAAUUGUUCCUUCGUAAGUGAGGCUUGGUUGGCCAGAGAUGUUAAAAUGAGAGGCCUGUUGGGCUGGGAAGAUCGCCUUUGGCCAACUCCUCUCUGCUAUGUGAGUAUGUGGAGCAUUUAACCAGCAGCCCAGGGUCCCCCAGAACCCCCACAUGAACGGGUGGACUGGCCUGACUGGGCAGCCCACACGGAGGAGCUUCUGUCAUUGACCCGGAGUGAAGAGAGAACACUGACACCCUUGCUCGGUGCAGGACAGCGCCCCCCCCACCACGAUCUACCUCCUCGCCCCCCACCCCCCCAUUCUGCCUCGGCCUUGGCCAGGCCUGUCCCUGUUGGGCAGGGUGAGCAUCUGCUUCCUACUUGGACGUCCCCCACCCCCCACCCCGCAUACUGCACACCAAACUAAAUUGUUUUCUUUGCAGCAUCACUUUGCACACGUCACCACUCUCCUUAAAAUCAGCCUUCAGGGGCUGUUCCACACAUAAACUCCCUUUUCAGGCAAUCUGGGGUCCCCUCCCACAAGCCUCCUGGGCUCCUGCCACCCCCAGAUACCCCCACUCCCAGCUUCUCUCAGCUCGUGGUGUGCGGUUCUCACGUUGAAUAUGCACUUUCUCCUCCCUGCCACAUCCUUUCUUCCUUUUGACAAUUUAUGUGACGUGGGUUUCUGAAGCCUCCAGCGAUUCUCAUAACCACGGUGAGGCCAGGCGGGUGCUUUCUGUUCCAGAAGCGUGGACAGACCUGGUUCCUUCGGUUCAGAUUCUUUCAUCCUUUUAUUAUGUAUUUUUAAAUCCUUUCAUUUAUUUAGGUUCUUGAACAGUGUGAUGUUAUAAGAGAUCAUCCUGGUAAUAUUUUAA